AUGCCUUUUGGUAUCCUCGAAGACGACAAGCUCGAGCAUGUCCCCGGGACCGCGCCGCUGAACCAGCUGGGUCAGACAGGGGCCUACGCCGGCAUCGAUCCCAGUCUGCUCAAACACGAUCCCACAGGAAAGAUCGUGCUUGUUCCCCAGCCCUCUGACUCCCCCAAUGACCCCUAUAACUGGCCCCGAUGGAAGAAAGAGCUGUUCACCAUUGCCUACGGCUGGGGCUGUGGCUGCGUGGGAGCCGUCGGUCCCCUUCUCGGAGCGGCCUUUGUCCCCCUGGCAAAAGAAUUCGGCGUGCCGCUUAAUACCUUCGUGUCCGGCGUACAGGGAGGCACCAUCGCCGCCAUCGCCUUUGGCAGUCUGCUCUGCAACUCGCUGGCGGUCAAGUAUGGCAAGCGUCCCAUCUAUCUCAUCACCACCAUCGGCUUGAUGGUGUCCUGUUUCUGGGCCGCCGAGGCGAAGAGCUUCGCCUCCCUGGUGGCCGCGCGCGUCGUCUGUGGCAUCUGCAUGGCCCCGUUGGAGGCAUUGGUUCCGGCGUCUAUCGCGGACAUCUGGUUCGUUCACGAACGCGGCUUCCGCACCGCCAUAUUCAACCUCGGCGUGCUGGGUGGAAUCAAUCUCGCUGUCCCAAUCGCUGGCGCCAUCAUCCAAUACGGCUCCUACCGCAUCUGUCUGCACGGCAUGGGCGGCGCAUUUGGUCUCACCCUCAUCAUGGUCUUCUUCUGGAUGCCCGAGUCCGCAUACGCCCGCAAGGAUGUCCUGAACAUUGACACCGGCGACGCAGCCGUCACCGUCGAAGGAAAAGCCCAGCCCGAGCAUGUCGAAUACAACGACAGUACCGCCGAAGACAAAAUCUCCUGGGCCCGGGAGCUCCUCCCAUACAGCGGCUACAUCAACCACGUCUCGUUCUGGAACACGCUCGUCCGCCCGUUCUACUUCUUCUUCGCCUCGCCGGUGGUCCUCUGGGCCACCCUGCUGUUCACCACCUGCAUCUCCUGGCUCGUGCUUAUCUCCCUCACGCUCUCGCAGAUCUUCUCGGCCCCGCCGUACAACUUCUCCGUUGGCAGCGUCGGCGCCACCAACGUCUCGUCGUUCGUCGCCUCGCUCAUCGGCACGCUCAUCGCCGGCCCGCUCGUCGACGGCGUCGCCACCCGUCUGGCCAAGAUGAACAGGGGGACUUUCGGUAUAUCUCCCCUCUACUUCCAGGAACUCAAUUGA